AUGCCAUCCACCGCCGAGGGGAAGAGUGCCGCCAAGGCCUUCGACGGCAAUGGCAACACUACUGUCGAGCGUGAGUCUCUCGAAGCCACGGACGAGGAGGAGACGACCAACACCUACGACGAGCCGCAGGCAGGCAAGCGAAAGUCGUCUGAGUCGAGCAGCAGCAGCAGCAACAGCAGCAGCACUACAAUGAGCGGCGGCAGCUCGGUCUCGCGCUCGGAGACUGGUUCCCCGACGGAUACCGCAGGCGCCCAGCUCACCGGUGGCCGCGGCGCGUCGGGCGACGGGACAGUGCAGGUUGUGAUGUAUGCGAAGCGUGUGACAUACUCGUACAAAGAAUCUCAGCCCUUCCCGAACGCAACCACGCCGUCGAGCAUCACAGCAGCACAGGAACAGUGCCUGCCUGCGUCUGCAAACACGAGCGCCGCCUUCCCUGAAGGCGUUUCUCAGCUUCUAGAGCCGGUCAUGCCAACGCCACCGCGCAGCAACUUCGUUGGUGGUCCCGGUGGUCCAGGUCGCUCCGGGCUUCGCGGCGCGGCAGCGUACACGCAGCUCUCCCCUCCCCCCUCCGCUCCACAGACAACCGGCGGGAGCGCGUUAUACUCCUUCUCUGACAGUUACGCAGUUCCGCCGAGCACCGCCGUCAACGCUCCGUCGUUCUCGACCGCCUACCCCAAUAGCACCAGCGCUGGCGCAGGAUACUCUGCGGCAUACGCGCCUGCGCAGGCACCGUACCACGAGUUCACAGGUGGACUCGCAACUCGCGCGGCUGGCCCGUCCGCCGCUGUUGACCCCCCGCGGAAGAACGCCGAGGAGGUGCCCGCACGGCGGAAGCGUCGCUGGGGCGCUGUUACAGACGCGGACGAGAACCAGCCGCGCCGCAGUCGUCGUAUCCACAUACAGGACAAAGCCGUGGAGGAGGACGAGAGAUCGCAUGAGGAGUACACCGGCAGCAGCUACUCGGACGAAGAAGGCAGCUACAGUUACAGUGGAGACGAGGAGAGCUACGAGUACUACGAAGAGUUCUACGAGGAAGAGGUAGAGGAGGAUGAGGAGGAUGAGGAGGAACCGCGCAUCGACAUUAUCGAGGGCAGCGGCCACGGUAACACGCUGCACGAUAUCCUUUACGGCACCCCAAAGGCUGGCGCGAACGCCAACGAGAACUACAGCAGAGACCUCCGCGAGUCCGUGCGGUCAGACAGUCCCUACCACACGGUGACGGAGGACAAGCAGGAGCCCCCUCGCUACGGCCACCUACGCCCGCGUCACGACAGCGACGAAGGCGAAAAAGAGGACCGCCUCCGCUCCACGUCUGCCCACUCGUGGGAAGCCGCAACUAAGGUGGCGACGGCGCACCGUCGUUCUGCAACGCCGGAGCGGGUGAGUCGGCAUCACCACCACCACAAGAAGUCAGCCAAGGGCUACGAGAGAACAGACGGCGAGGAUGGCGAGAACCACCACCACUCCGCUGCGGGUGCCGGCAAGAAGCACAGGAAAGGCGUGUAUGAGCACGGCGAGCCCUACACGGAGGGCACCUUCAAGGCCGAGGGCAGGAGGAGCAAGAAGGACAAGGCGGGAGGCCACUACGGACCCAUGGCGGAUCUCGACGACAUUAUGGAGCAGAGCACGGCCGACUCGGGCAGCGAAAGCAACGAAGCGCCGCAUGAACCGGCUGGCAAGGACAGCCGGGCAGCCUUCCGCCCGUUGAGUUCUAGCGACACUGAGGAUGUCGAUGACUUCACCGCCCCUUCCAGAAGUCUCUCACGCAACCGCAAGAGUCGGCAGCUCGCCAAGGAAGUAAAUAAGGAGGACCGUCGCCACCACCGCAGCGGUGCCGAGAGCAUGGAGGCGACAAGGAUCACGAAGUUGGAUGCCAAGGACGGCGGCAAGGUCAUUAGGGAGGAGGAGCCUAUCAACACGCCGUCGCAGAAGCGCGCGGAUGCGGGCGAUGAGGCUUUGAGUGCGACGGAGCAUGAGGACGGAGGUCGCUCGUUAGACAGGGACGCGAAGAGGGAGGACAAGAAGCCCAAGGUUGGCCUCCUCAUUAGGUGCGCCUGCUGCUCAAAGGAGAAAAACACCGACGCCAAGGCCAGCGAGGAGAACAAGACGAAGUCCAAGUGCUGCCUCUUCGGCAAGGGCCGCUGCUGCUCGAAGGAGAAGGGCAGCGAUGCCAAGGCCAAAGAAAAGGAGGACAAGAAGCCCAAGCGUGGCCUUAUCAUUACUUGUAUCUGCUGCUCGAAGGAGAAGAGCAGCGACACCGAGGCCAGUGGGAAGGAGAACAAGACGAAGUCCAAGUGCUGCCUCUUCAAGUGCCGCUGCUGCUCGAAGGAGAAAGGCAGCGAUGCCAAGGCCAAAGAAAAGGAAGACAAGAAGCCCAAGCGUGGCCUUAUCAUGACUUGUAGCUGCUGCUCGAAGGAGAAGGGCAGCGACACCAAGGCCAGUGGGAAGGAGAACAAGGGUGCCAUCCUCGUUAACUGUGCCUGCUGCUCAAAGAAGGACAGCGGUGCCAAGGACAGGAAGGACAAGAAGCCUAAGGGUGGCAGCGGUGGCAUGUUCAGCUGUCUCUUCGCCAUGUGCAGCAGCACGAAGAGUACCAAGGAUCAGGUGGCGGACAAGAAAGGCAAGGAGACCGACGAGGAGGAGGAAGGAGCGAAGCCCGACGCGACAGCCCCAUCCAAGAGUCUUACCACGUCGCCUGCCGAGAGUCCAGUAUAUCAUCAGUCCAGUAGUCAGCAGUUGAACCAGAAGAGUGACAAGGUAGAGAGGGCGUUCAAGGUUUCCAAGUCACGGCAGCCGAAGCAGCAGGAGGAAGAGGAAGAAGUCACGGCUGAAACAUCAAAGCCUGCGUCCUCAGUCUCAUCAGCGGCGAUGACAGGGGAGCUCGAAGACCACAGCGAGGACAGUGCCUCGUUCCCUCCAAAGAAUGCGAAGCGCGGCGGCACUCAAGCCCUGUCUGAUAGCGCUCGUGUUGCAGCAGCCGCGUUGAGUCAAGGAGACUCUGAAAAUGAGGCGAGUGCACCGGUCAGCAAGAAGGCAUCGCUUCAGCUGACCCCGAGGCCCUCGUCACGCUCGGCUGGUCAAGUUCACCAUCGGCACAGUCGCACAGGGUCCGCGAGGGCGCAGAGAGGCACUGCCGCACCGUUCACUGGUCACUCGCGCUUUCACAGAAAGCCGGAGAACCCUGGUGUUGUGAUUCCCGUGGACGAGAGCGACGAGUGGAGCGUCUCGAACUCGGCCAAGGCACAGCAACAGCGACGUUACCGCCAUCGCCAAACACGAGUCGUCGAGUAUCGAAGCAAACACAGAAGCGAGAAGAGCAGUCGGCGCAACAGGGCUGAGAGCAGCCGCGCCGACAGAGCUAUGUUGCUCAAUGAGAAGCCGAGGAAUAGAUCCUCGUCUAGUGCGGGUAGGAAGCGGUCAUUGUCAGCAUCGUGA